ACCAUUCUUAGAAGAUUUUUUUAAAACUUUAAUACAAAAUAAUAAUAUAAACUUUACGGUGUAGACAUCGGCGAUAAAAGGAAUAUAUUCUAGGUAUCUACUCAUUUUACGACCAUAAACAAGACAUCAUAAUUCACACGUUUAUCCCCGACGCAGUUUGCUGCUUCUCUUCAAAAUACAGCUUGAAUCUAAUCUUUUUAUCACAUGAAUGAUUUUAAUAUUGUGUACCUACAAUUUCAAUAUUUCUAAACAGUUGCCCGAUCCUAUCCCUUCCUAGUCCCUAAUAUUACAGGAUUGAGAGAGGGGAAUGAGUUGUCGAUAUGCGCAAAACACGGCUCACCCCAAGUUUUAACGAGACGGGCAUGCCUAGGGUGUUCUGUCUACAUCCAUUGUUUGCUUUGUACUGCCUAUGUCUACAUUCUAAUAAAUUUCCAGCGUUUUAAUGAACACAUUACAUCAUUCUAAUGAAUAUCUUCCAAUUUUAGAAUGUUUCUUUAACCGUCAAUCCUAAUAACAGAAAAUGUUUAGUCAGUUAAUUGUUUCACUCACAAUUCACAUGAGCCAUUCAUAUAACUAAGUCUACGGUUUUACAUUUCGCAAAGAUUAUUACAUAAGUGAGCAACGUGUGUACAGUAACGCAGUAAUAUCAAAUGAUCUGAAUACAGAAAGGAAACUAUUCAUUUUGUUUUCGUUGUCUUUACCCAUCUUCUCGUUGAUGUGUCUAGGCAUUACAGUAUAGAAACAAUAAUUAAAUCAACUGUUUGAAUGGUGGACAAUUUGAAGACAUCUACUUUUAAGAGCUGUUUGCAAAUAGAUCGGUGGUCCAAUCAGGCCAAUAGAUUUUUUUGUUAUUGAGCCAAUCGAUUCGAAUCAGCAGGAUUACAUACGGCCUGUAUGUAAUCCUAUGGAAAACAUAUCUACAUUAUGUUAUUUGAUGUCGAGUCACGAUCAUCUACAGAAUAUAAGAGAAAUAUGUAGAUAUACGUAUAAGAUCGUAACAAUAAGAAAUAUGACGCAUUUAUUGUCGAAAACAAAUACGUUACUGAAGGGAGAAAAGGAAAAAUAUUCCCAAUUGAAAUGAUCAAUGAUCUGGGAAAGCAGUCGAGUGAAACUUUAACGUACUCCCCCAUGAGGGAAAUUGUUAUUGUCUACGCCCCAGCGAGGUGUUUUUUUAGGGAACACCGCAACAGAUAAAUUGCCUCUAGCGACGCGUAAAAAGCAAUGAAAGCAUUUUCAUUCCUCCGGCACCCCUUUGUUCCCUGCGGAAUGCUGAACUGUAUCUACAACCAGAGCAACCCCAAGGGUGCCGGUCCCAUUUGUGGGGUAUUUUAUGAAAUGUUGAUUGAAUAAGAAAUCGAUCUAAAGUACGAGAUAUUAUCUUGCGAAAGAUAUCUUUUUAUUUCCUUUCAGGACAAUGGUUUCUUAACUAGUAAUGAAAUGAUUUGAGAACGGAUUGGCAUUUACCAAGGUUUAGGUAUCAGGAUUAUUGCAUGUCUCAAUUUAGAUAAUUCUUAUCGUUAGCUAAUAGGAAGAUAAUAUCGUCAAAGAGUAGUAUCAUAAUCGUUGUGAUGACAACGUUAUAUACGUUUCACGUUUUGCUCAAAGUCCUAACUAAAUAGACACUAAACAAGCAAAUUAUCAAGAAAACCUUCACAAUAGUUUUCACUUAGUUGCUCUAAUGUUGUCUUUGAUGUCACGCGCAUAUUUAUAAUUACUUUUCACAAUGGUAAUUGUAAAAAUUGAUCAGGGUGAUCUAAGAGGAGUAUUGUGUAAAAAUGGAAAUGUAGAAUAUUGUGCAUUCAAUGGUAUUCCGUACGCACAGCCACCGAUUGGGCCAUUGCGAUUCAAGGCACCAGAACCACCACGUCCUUGGACUGGGAUUCGAGAUGCAUCGCAACACGGACCUGUCUGUCCGCAGUACAACGAACGCAUGGACUGCAUCGAGGUCGGCAGCGAAGACUGUCUCUACAUUAAUGUAUACUCUAAAUCAUUGACACCUCUCCAGCCACUGCCAGUUCUCGUUUGGAUCCACGGCGGAGGAUUCUAUACAGGCUCUGGUAAUUCAGACUUCUACGGACCGGAAUUCUUUAUGGAGCACGAUGUUGUUCUUGUCACAUUUAACUACAGACUUGAAGUUCUAGGCUUCCUUUGUCUCGAUAACGAAGAUGUUCCCGGCAAUGCCGGCUUGAAGGACCAAGUAAUGGCUUUAAAAUGGGUUAAGAAUAAUAUAUCCGCUUUCGGAGGUGACCCAGAUAACGUCACAAUUUUCGGUUGCAGUGCCGGUGCGGCUUCCACAAGUUACCAUUUGACGUCUAAAAUGAGCAAAGGUUUAUUUAACAAAGCAAUAUGUCAGAGCGGUGUAUGUUUGAAUGAAUGGAGUUACAAUUUAUAUGCUAAAAAGCGUGCAUUCCAACUCGGACAGUUACUAGGUAAAGAAACCGAAGAUGAAUUGGAACUAUUAGAUUUUUUAAGACAACUUCCAGCAUCCUCAUUUGUAAAUAUUAAAUUACCCGCUCUAGAUGUUCAACAUAAGGAUAUGGUAGAUAGCAUUUACUUCGGACCUGUGAUAGAAAAGUCUUAUUUAAAAGUUGAGAAAUUUAUAACAGAAUCACCUUAUGACGCAAUGAAAGGAGGAAAAGUUGCCGAUGUUCCAAUUAUAGUUGGAUAUACAUCGGCCGAGGGUAUUGAAAGUGCAAGAAAAAUUAAUGAUUUACUAAAAUAUCUAUCUAACGUAGGCUCUAUUGUACCAAGAGAAAUUAAACUGAAAGUAAACUCUGACGUAGUUAAAUGCAUAGAUCAGAAAAUACGUGACAAAUAUUUCAAUGGUAAAACAAUCACAAAGAACAUGUUACAAGAAUUAACAGAUCUCUUUACUUACAGUUUAUUUACUUAUAAUAUUUAUAGAUUUGCAAAGUAUUGUGCAAAAAUAAAUUCUAAUCCAUUAUAUUUGUACAAAUUUGAUGCGGAAACGGAAAGGAACUAUGCAAAAGGCAAUUACAAGAUGGAUCACUUGAAAGGUGUUUGCCAUGCAGAUGAAUUACCGUAUUUAUUCAACGUUACCUGCCUUGAUAUUCCAUUAACUGAUAAUUCCAUACCUAUAAUAAAAGAAAUGGUUGGUCUGUGGACAUCUUUUGCUCGAACCGGGAAUCCCACGGAAUCGAGAAAUAUAACAUGGAAACCUUAUACUAGUAAAACAAAGAACUGUUUUAUUAUCAGCAAAACAUGUGUUUGUUGUGAAAACCCAGACUCAGACCAUAUUGACUUCUGGGAAGAAAUAUACGCGAAUGUGUUUGACGGAGAUACGAAAUGUAAUAUUUAAUAGAUAUAAA